AUGGAGAACGCUAAUUUAUGGACUCGAAGAUCUAACUCUGCAAAACUCUCCUUAUCGACGUCCGGCUCUGAUAGUAAAGACGGUGCUGGAAAGUCGGAUUCAUCUCGUGGUCGCUCCGCAGGCCGCUUCGACGGCUCGCACCCUCGCUCAAACCCAUUCAACGCCAUAUCGCCUCUCUCUUCUACGGUCUCUUCCCCCUCCGUGGCCGCAUCAUCUGCCUUUGGGCUGGGCUCAGGUGCCUUCGCUUCAUUCGGAUCGACGGCGAAGUCGUCUAAGACCGCCAACUCCCCUGACGCUAUCGCCGGUAAACAACAAGGUGAUAAGCGAGAUAUACAAGCUGACCAGGAAGGCGGGGCUUGGAAACCAGUCAAGUCAAAGGCGUCUUCGUCUUCUCUUGACAAGUCCGCGUCUUCGUCCAACAAGGAUAACGGAGUAAGGGAGCUUCCGCUCAAGUCUACGUGGAUCGUCUGGUACCGUCCUCCGACACCCAAGUACUCUGAUUACGAGAAAUCCACUAUCCCUCUCGCCUCCAUAUCUUCCGUGGAGAGCUUUUGGACCGUUUAUUCACACCUUAAACGACCUUCCUUGCUACCGACUGUAUCGGACUACCAUAUAUUCAAGAAAAACAUUCGUCCUGUAUGGGAGGAUGAGGCCAAUAAAAAGGGCGGCAAGUGGAUUAUCAGACUGAAGAAGGGAGUUGCGGAUCGAUAUUGGGAAGAUCUGCUCCUGGCAAUGAUUGGGGAUCAGUUUGCUGAGGCAAGCGAUGAGGUCUGCGGCGCGGUCCUCAGUGUCAGGAGUGGGGAGGACGUUCUGAGUAUAUGGACCAAGAUCGAUGGUGGCCGCAACAUCAAGAUCAGGGAAACCAUUAAGCGGCUUCUUGCCUUCCCCCCAGAUACAAACAUUAUCUGGAAAAGCCAUGAUGACAGCAUAGCACAGAGAUCAGCUAUAGACCAAGCGCGCCUGGAUAAAUCCAGCGGCAAUUCCGGUCACCACCACCAUCAUCACCACAAUCAAGGUGCUGACCGCCGCCGCAUCGCCAACCAGGAAGAUUCCACUGGCGAAAGGGGUAAGAAUACCGCGAAUUCUUAA